GAUGUGGGCUGGAGCCCGUGCUCCCCAUCAGGGGGGCUCUGGGCAGGCUCCAGCAGCAGCAGCAGCAGCAGCGUUGGAGCCCCGGGGGAUGCGGGAGGGGCCGCCGCAGGGCAGGUGCUGUGGGGGGGCUGUCUCCCCCCGGGGACAUCCGGGUGGCAGCCCACUGUGGCGAGGUGUGUGACGGCAGAGGCGCAGGCGAGGCUCAUAUUUGGGCACGGAGCAGGUUAUUGGAGGCCGCGGCCCCGCAGCCGGGAGAUGAGGCGCCUGAUAAAGGCUGCUGCCCCCGGUGCUGCUGCUGCAGCGUGCAUUGGCUCGGGCGCUGGCAGAGGUGCCGUGGCUCCGCUGGCUCCGGGGCCGCUGGCCAUGGGGCCGCUGCUGGCUCUGGGGCUGCUCGUGUGCGUGCGGCUGUGCGGGGGCUCCGGGGAGCUGCGUCUGGUGGGCGGCGGCGGGCGCUGUGCCGGGCGCGUGGAGGUGAAGCACGGCGGUGAGUGGGGCUCCGUGUGCGCCUUCGACUUCGACUGGGAGGCUCGCUGGGCCGUGGUGGUGUGCCGGCAGCUGGGCUGCGGCCGGGUGGCCAGGGCGUCCCUGCACGCCCCGUUCGGGCCGGGCAGCGGGCGGAUCUGGCUGCAGCCCUUCUUCUGCAACGGCACCGAGGAUGCGCUGGAGCAGUGUCCUAACUUCGGAUGGGGACGGCAUUUCUGCGGCCACGAGCGGGAUGUGGGGGUGACCUGCACAGAUGCCGUGGAGCUGAGGCUGGCGGGCGGCGGCAGUCCCUGUGCCGGGAGGGUGGAGGUGAAGCUGCAGGGCCACUGGGGCACAGUGGGAGACGACAACUGGGACAUGGAGGACGCCGAGGUGGUUUGCCAGCAGCUGGGCUGUGGCUCGGCUUCCGCUGCCUACUACACCCACGAGCGCUUUGGUGUCGGGGAUGGGUUCGUCAGCCUGGCCCUGGUGGACUGCAGAGGGGACGAGGCCAUGCUCUGGGACUGCGAGAUCCGUGGCUGGGGACCCUAUAAUAGCAGUAUCAAUGUCUCGGACGUUGGCGUUGUCUGCCAAGGCUUUUCCCGGCUGGUUGGUGGCGAUGGAUCCUGUGCUGGGCGGCUGGAGGUGCGUCAGGGCCGGGCCUGGGUCGGUGUCUGUGAGGAUCAGGUGGACACGGAGGUGGCCCAGGUGGUGUGCAGGGAGCUGGGCUGUGGUGAGGUGAUCGCCAUCGCCGGCAGUGGCUGUUUAGGGGCAGUGUCGGGAUCGCUCUGGGACGGGGGCUUCCAGUGCAAUGGCACCGAGCCCCGCCUCAGCGCCUGUGCCCGGCGUCCGGCCCAGAGCCAGGGCUGCAGCCGCCCUGGCAGCGUCAUCUGCUCCUCCUACACGGGCUUCCGGCUGGGGAACGGCAGCUCGGGAUGCUCCGGGCGAGUGGAGGUGGCAGUGAGGGGGACGUGGGGCUCCGUGUGCGCCAGCGAGUGGGACCUGGCCGAUGCGCACGUCCUGUGCCGCCACGUGGGCUGCGGCCGCGCCCUCAGCGUGCUGCCGGGAGGCUCCUUCGGCAGCGGGGAGGGGCCGCUGCGGCCGGACGCCUUCGGCUGCAGCGGGAGCGAGCGGCACCCGGGCCAGUGCCCCGUGGCCGUGCUGGGGAAGCCGCCCUGUGCCCCCGGGAACGCCGCCGCCGUCAACUGCUCAGGCGCUGUUGAGUCCCUGCGGCUGGUGAAGGGUGAGACCCGGUGCGAGGGGUUUCUGGAUUCGAAGACAAGCACCGGGGCCUGGCGCCGUGUGCCAGGAGAGGUUUUGCUCAUACGGAAUUUGAGCAAUGUGUGCUGGAAGAUGGGCUGUGGAGGACUGGAGAAGAGUAAAGCUUUCCGUGGAACAUCCGAACUGUGGCAAAUUAGCAGAGAGGACUGGGACAUCUUGGAAACAGUGAUCGAGGACAUUAAGCGGAAGACCACUGAUCUGCCCAGUCGGACUAUACCUGACGGUGAAACUUAUUACAUGACCACUUCAACAGCUGACGGCCGUCAUGGGACCUGCCUUGUCUGCUCAGGCAGCCUGCGGGUGAGGCUGGUGGGGAGCUCUGGGCGCUGUGCCGGGCGUGUGGAGGUCUAUUCCGGUGGCAGCUGGAGCUGGGUGUGCCAGGAAGGCUGGGAGCUGCAGGACGCGGCCGUUGUGUGCCGGGAGCUGGGCUGUGGCACGGCGCUGCAGGCCCCGGGCUGGGCGCGCUUGGGUGGCGGCCCGGGGCCGCUGUGGCCGUACAGCCCCGAGUGCUCCGGCUCCGAGGAGUCUCUGUGGGAGUGCGGGCGCACGGAACGGCGCGAGUGCGGGCGCGGCGGCGGGGCAGGGGCCGUGUGCUCAGAGCAGCUCUCCGUGCGGCUGGCAGGGGGCCCUGGGCGCUGCCGGGGCUUCCUGGAGAUCUCCUACAACGGCACCUGGGGCCGCGUGUGCGCCAACGGCACCAGCAAUGGCACUGCCGCCACUGUCUGCCGCCAGCUGGGCUGUGGGCGCUGGGUCUCGCUCACAGCAGUCUCCGCCCAGGAGCCGACCGAGGCCUGGCUGGCCUGGGUGGGCUGUGAGGACGGGGCCCGCUCGCUCUGGCAGUGCCCCUCGGCGCCCUGGCACCUGCAGAGCUGCAGCCCAGGCGGGCACGCCUAUGUGGAGUGUGAGGAGCACAGUGAUGGCACCACUGAGGGACACACUACCCCAUAUCCGGAGGGUGCCACCAGCACAGGUGUCCCCAGAAGGCGGCCCCAGGCAGUGGCCGUGGGGUCUGUGUCCGUGCCCACUGUGCUGUGCGUGGUGCUGGGGACGCUGCUGUGCCUGUCCCUGGGUGCCCUGGCCCUGCUGCUGUGCCGUGCCCGGCGCCGAGGCCCUGGCAGAGCUGCAGAUGCCAUCUCCAACGCUGUCUACGAGGAGCUGGAUUACAAAGCCAUGCCCGAGUACCAGGAGGUGCCCACUCCCCCAGGUUCCCUGUUGGAGGGAUGGGUGAAGAAGCUGCCGUAUAACACCGGGGACAGCGUGGAGGGGAGUGACACUGAGGCAGCCCCAGAUCCCCCUGCCCGGCCCGAGCAAGGACCCCCGGAUGGCUACGACGAUGUCCUGGAUGUGGCCCAGGAGCCCCCCGCUGCCAGCACUGGGGACAUCUCCGAGGGAGUGGCACGGCAGAGGUGGAUCUGUGUGCUGCCCACAGGUGGCAUCUACUCCCCUCCACGUGUCCCAGGAGCCACCAGGGAGCCCUCUGAACAGCCCCUUGGACACAUGGACUAUGAUGAUGUCGGCAGCAGCGCCCUGGGGACGUUGCCAUGAGGAUGUCCUGGCCAUGCCACAGCACCCGGGACACGUGUGGCAGUGUGGGGGGGCCCUGUCCCCAGGGGUGGCUGGCCCUGCCCACAGAGGUCAGCCCUCGCCGUCCAGAGCUGCAGGAAAAGAGCUCCUGUGCAGGGAUUAUCUUUGAUUUCAGUGUGAUUUUCCCUUUUUUCAUAUUAAAAUCCAAACUGGUCAGAGACUCACUCCCA